CCCACCCAGAAGACAAGCAAGAACCUUAAAAUACAUUACUGGAGCCCUAAGCUAAAACGAGUCCUGCUGUAGCAUCACAAAGUCGUUUCGCCGUUGGAUUGAGUGAUUUUAUGAAAAGUUAACUUGGCUCCCGUGCGGGGCGCGUGGGAGAAACCCUGGAGAGCACGGGCUCCAGAACGAUGAGCGCCAGCCAGAUGCGUGUCGAACGGAGCCGCGCGGCGGAACAUGUUCCUGCUGUGACAUGUUGUUCAUGUGAGAGUGACAUGUCCCGCUCCGCCGCUUCGACCCGCUGAGGAGGGAGGUAGUACACAAGCUACAACUACAUCAACAGCCAGGCUAGUGAUGGAAGAGAAAGAGACUGGGGAGAGCGAGCCAGUGGACCUCCGCUCCUCCGAACAGUCUGAGUUGCUCUCAUUAAUAAUAAGCGGAGAGGAGGAAACGACACAGGAGGGGAGCGACUUGGGAGAGGACAAUCUUGCCAAUGGCCAUGGUGGAGAGGACUCUAAGACAGGUAUGGUCACACCUGUCAGAUCACCUGCCACAAGCUAUUGGAGCAUCACAGAGGGACCCGAUCACCCACUCCUUCUCUCCCCAGCACCCGGGCCCUCAGGACGCAAACCCAGGGUCCAGAGAGCGUCACGUCCAGGCCUGAGCAGGAUUCCUGGCCGCGAUCACCGGCGCUACUACCAUGAAUACUGGCGCAGCGAGUACUUGAUGGACUUUGACCCUCAAAGGCACGGCAUGAUCUGCAUGGUGUGUGGCAGUUCUCUCGCCACCUUAAAGCUCAGUACCAUCAAGAGACACAUCAGGCAGAAGCACCCAGACUCUCUCCUGUGGAGUGCUGCAGACAAGGAGGUGAUCCGCUCUGGAUGGGAGAGCCACCUAAGCCUGGGGGGAGGGCAGAGGUCUGGUUCUGGACCCUCACUCCAGGCAGAAGAGGACUCUAUGCACUUUGACCAGCAUAUAGGUGAAACUCCAGAUCCUGUUCCGCUUCAGGAGCACCCACAACAGCCCCCUACUUUGACUCCGAGGACUGUAGAGGCUGAGACCGUCCAACCCCAACAGGAGGAGAAUGAACAUCCCGGACCAUCAGCACGGACGUUGGAACGCUAUCUAAAUGAUUCCCUGCACGCUUGGUUCCGCCAGGAGUUCUUGAUGGAGUAUGAAGCAGAAGCCAGCCGGCUGCUUUGUAUGGUGUGUGGAGCAGAACUUCCCUCGCUUCACUUGGAUCACAUCAAGAGCCAUGUACUGGAAACCCAUCCCAACUCCUUGGUGUACAGCUCAGAGGAGAAGCACUGCAUCCUGCAGGCCUGGGCCCAGACUCAAGGUGAAUCACACUCAGUCAAAUCAGAGCUCACACCAAACACAAAAGGAAAGGGGGCAGAGCUGUUGACAGAAGAUCUUAAGACUGUUCAGAUCAACACUGACGUGUUCCCAGAGGGUGACGGCACUUUAACUCAGGAUAUUUGUCUUAUCGGUGAGGAUGGAGGGGUUGGGGCCCCUCAGUUGGCAUCCCGGCCUCUCCGGCAGCCCAGAAAGAGGCGGCUGCGAGGGGGUGACCCCUGGCGACUCCGCCUCGACUAUCUAGUAGCCUAUGGGCCCCAAGACCAGGGCACGUUUUGCAUGGUGUGUUCUCAGGUCUUACAUGAAAGCAAGGUGAGCAGCUUCCGACGCCACAUUCAGGAAUGCCACCCUGAGACCACGACUCUGAGCCGACAAGAAAGAGAAGCCAUGGCUGCUGCCUGGACCAAAGACUCCUCUGCUGAUGGUUCGCAAAUACCAGAAGUAAUAAACCCCAGUGAAGCUGUUGUCUUCAGUAGUACCAAAGGCAGAAAUGAGGCCGCCUCGGACGUCAGAAUUUCCCUGAACACAGUGAAAAAGGAUGAGAGUGUUAGUGGAGGGAAGAACACUGCAGCUACAGUCCCUCGUCAUGGCCAUUACCCUGGGAAGGACCAAAGAAGGAACUACCAGGUUCGCUGGCGAAUGGAAUAUCUGAUGGAUUAUGACUGCAGGAGACACGGCCUGAUCUGCAUGGUGUGUGGAGCCACUUUGGCUACAUUGAAGGUCAGUACCAUCAAGCGGCACAUCCAGCAGGUGCAUCCUCACUCCCUGCUCUACGGUGCUGAGGAGAAGGAGCAAGCCCUGCUGAGCUACAACCAGACUGCCCUGCACUUUGUUCACUCUGAUGACUGCUUUUCCUCCCUGGAUCAUGGACACACUGAAGGGGCUCCCUCUCCCGCACAGCUUGGCACUUAGAAAGGGCUUCUGUCUGUCUUGUCUCUCCUGGUUUCUGUUCAGAAACAGCCCUCACUUUUCUGUCCUGAAAGGAAAUUGACAAACUAAAAUUUAGGUUAACCCUCAGUGUGAAAAUACUGACACAGUCGUGUUAUAGUAAGAAAGAAUAUGAGAGUAUGAUUCAUGUUUACUCAUAUGGGAUUUUCUCUGUUUAUCCCUUAAAUUUUCCUAUUUCCCUUCUUAAUUUUUACAAAAUGAAAAUUAAACAUUGUAAAAAUGUCCUAGCUUCAUCAACACUUAAAGUCCAGUGACUCAUUUAGAAGGACCAUGACACUUUAUUUAGAUUUCCUCUUUGGAAGCUACUGAUGUUUUUGCACAAAAUCUCUCUUUUACUGAAUGAAUUAACCAAAUCCUGACAAACGGGGCAGAUUAUCUGCUGUAACAGUGAUUACAUGGAGACUGCUUCUAAGCCAUGUGGGUCUGCCUUUUCCAUGUGAUAGAAUCCAGAAAUCAGUGCUGAAUACAGUACAACAAUGCAAAGCCAUAGUUUAUGCAGGAGUAGAUCUGAAUUGGACCGAAGCAUGGCCUCAAGCAGAGACCGUGUGAGAGUUUAUAGAUGCAUGAUUUCAGUCUGGAGCAGUCAGCAGGUUAGAUCGCUGAGAGGCAGGAAGAUUGUCCACACAGAGUUAGAAAAUGUUUUACAUUUAGAUGAGAACUGCAAUCUGAAUACACUUAAUCUUGUAUUUGUUUAUAUAUUUUGCAACCUCGAUCCACAGGGCUGUUAGCAUGACAUUUAGAGACAUGUACAGUAAAAUAAUUUCACAUGGUUUACGCCCAACGAUGCUGAGCUGAGUGUCAUGAACUGGGUUCACCUGAUGCAGCGCUGCUCUAAAGUCUGGAGUCGUUCUAACUUUUUACUCUUACACAUUACUCUCAGGUCCAAUAUAUGCCCAUCAAGCUUUAAUGCUUAUUAAACUGUUUUGUGUUCCUGGCUCCCUGUACCUGGGGAUACAUUUUGAAAUUGAUUUAUUGCCAAGUUGUUACUUAGGUAUAGACACAACACUGAGUGGAGGUGCCAUUUUUAUCGUUUUAAUCAUACGUGCAUACCACAUCAAAAAGUAGCUAAAGCUGUGAUGUACAAAGACAGAACUGAAGAAGAAUAUAAGCAGUAAACAAAUGCUCAAUGAAAAGGAAAUCCUGCAAACUUAUUUGUCAAGACUAAUUUCUAAGAUUAUGAGAAACUUUGGUUCCUUAAAAUUAAAAAAUAACAAGAGAGCCUUAAUUUUGGAGCUUUGCACAGGGUUGUAACGUCCCUACAAGGUGCGGUUUUCCCAAAGGGCUAAUUCCAUCCCAACCCUUUUCUUUGUUUAAAUGUGAGUUAGCAUUUAUUUUUAAUGUGAAAUAAACCAUUCAAGGCUCUCAGAUUCAUGCUUAAUUUUAUAUUAAUUACCAUCAUUUGUAGCAGUGAGGUUUUCUGGAAAAUUAUUCUAAUUUACUUUGUUGUAAAGACAAAAAGUUCCCAUUGCUAAGUAUAAAUCAGUAUAUGGAGUUUAUUCUGACAUUAAGUGUCACGCAGUUUUAAACCCACUCAUGGAGAACAGAAACAACUCCUAAAAACACAUCAGUCAUGAUCAGGAAUUGUGAUGGUGGAUGAACAUAUGGUUAGCAUAACAGCAUUUUAAGAGGGUUUAUUAAUUUAAAAAAUCUUAAUAAAAUCAAUCUGCUACCAUUUCUAUGAAAUGAACAUAUGGCUAGAUGUGUUUGAAAAGGUUUUUACUAGUUUACAGUGAAAUUGUUCAAAAACAGAUAUCGAAGUAUUCUAAAAAAAAUGAUGUUUGUUUAUUUUCUCAUUCAGUCUACAGGAUGGGGCUAAAGUUGAACAAUGUUUCUGUGAAAUUAAAGGAGAGACCUAGUGACACUUUCUCUACAGUAGCCUUUCACUGGUAUAUAGUAACUGUUUUAUAAGGCCACUUUAUUAGAUAUUGCUGCAUUUAAUUCAGGUCUUAACAAUAUAAAUACUUGAUAUGCAUUGUUUCAUCAAGCUUCAUAGCAACCAUUUUGGUUUCUAAUAAAUGGAGAAUGACUGAGAUAGCUAGAUUUUAUUUCAGUGUCAACUUUUAGGAUUCUAGCAGCUGGAAUAGAACUAUUUGUAAUGAAAUCAACGUCAGAAACUACAAAUGAGUCUCUGGGCUUUAAAGGUUUUAAGGACACCAUCAAAUAUUUAUUUGUUCAUCUUUGGGGCUUGUUUCUGGUCAGGGCCCAAGUCUUUUCUCAGGAAGUUAGAAACCGAGUGAUAGAUGAGAGCAAGGCGAAUUUUCUUUGAGCACUUUGUCCCAAAAGGUGUACUAAACUCUGUACUUACCUGUAUGCAGCCAGUAAAAUGAGACUGUUUGAGGUUAUUGCUGUUGACAAUGAAUAGGAGUGACGGCAGAAUUCUCUGUCCUUGUUUACAAGUGCAGGCGAAGGGCGCCCUCCUCUGUCGUCUAUUAUAAUGACAGAUGUAAUCUUGGCCUAGAUUAUACAGCACCCUGCAACCUUUCCAUCAGCCAACUCAUCCUACCUUAACGCUGCACAAAAAUGUGUAAAUAUAUAAAAAGGAGUUGUAUUCUUUCCUUUGUAUGAGCACUUUUUGCAUCCUGGUUUUUACAAAAUGUGUUUGUAAGCAAGUCCAGUUUUUCUACUUUAUUCAAUAUUGAACAAUGAAGGCAUUUUUUAACAGCUGGAAAAAUGUUAGUACCAUUUAUGAAUUCACUUUGCAGAGUUUGUUCCAGCAUCACUGUGUUUUUUUCCAUUCAUUGUACAAAGUUUAUGCAACAAGUUAAAUAGUUUUGCCAUAGAAUGUCACUUCGUUCUUCUCUUGGAAAGCAUAGCUCAGGGAUUCUGUUUGCAUCAACACUUUAAUCAGUGAUAGUUUGUUUUUUUAUAGGAUGUCGAUGUUUGACAGUUCUGGAUAUAUGUUGGCUUCAUUUGUGUCACCAUAAAACAUAAAUACCACAGUGUAUUAAAAGCCAAGGGUUAAAACAUCUGGACGCAAAAAUUAUGAUUCAAAAAAUGUAAAUGUUUGCAGAAUAUCUAUAUUCUUGGAAAAACUUCUGAUGUUAAAAAUCCCCCAUUUGAUAUAUUUAACAAAUGUAAUGACUUCAAUUCAUUGAAUAUUUCAAAUGUAAAGGUCAAAGUAUGUAUAAAGAAAUGCAUAGCAACAGGUUAAAUGGCAAAAUGCUUUAAAUAUGACCUUAUGUACUUUGGACUUUGUUUGGCUGCUACAGUUUUCUUCUGAAACUGACCUUUUCUCAUUACAUGUCCGUUUUUUUCUGGUAUUUUAUUGAAGUAUUUUAAUGUAAAAAUAGUUUUGCUCCAUUUGACAACGUAUCACCCCUUGUUGUGUUGGAGUGGCCACAUUACUCUGUAGUAUUUUAUGUAGGAUUGACAUCCAUAAAUAGUUGAGAUGUUUUUAAUAAAGGAUGAAAACUGCCUUUAAUCCAAAGCUAACAUAAAGGUGUCAUGAGGCCACGACAUACAACAUACUUCAUAUUUAUGGGCUGGAACUGGCUCCUUGUCUCUGGAACAGCUCUGACAUAGCACUUAAUUGUUUAAAUGAAGUGAGACAUGAUGUAUUACUUGUGUGUUUGUGUGUUCAUUCGUUAUUACCGUGUAUGUGUGUGAAAAGUGAUUGCCCUGCUCCCUGUUUUUCUUCACUUUUCAACAGGCCAACAUGUGAAAUGUGCAUCCUGUCAUCAGUGAAUAAAACUCAUUGAUCCUCCAA